AUAUAUCCUGGAAUUUAUUAGAUUGAAUUCAACUAUAAAUAAUCAACUAUUGACUAUAAUUCAUUAGUUCAGCUCAAAACGAAGACAUCAUGAAGUACCUUAUUGCUGGUUUAUUCUUGACUCUGGUAGUCGCCGUUUUUGCCCUUCCCAGCGACUACAGUGGCGCAAGCGGCGGAAAAAGCGAACACACUGGUCACUUGGGUGAGAAUUCUGGUGUAUUCAUGGGCAAUCAAGGCCACAGCCAACAAGGUGGUGAAGUUCAUGGCACACUGAGCAAUGUAGGUAAUAAAGGUGUCAAAGUCAACGGCGAUGACUUACCGGAGCUGGGAGGAGAACAAGAACCAGAAGAAGAACCGGAGCAGGAACCACUUGAAAUUAUCGAAGACCCCGACGUACACCCAGAAAUCGAUUCCGACGAAGCUUAAGCAAAUAUGAAAUAAAAUAAAGACCAUAAAUAAAA